UUGGUUGGCAUGGCCGCCAUGUUUAGGUUAGUUUGUGCAGCGGUAACAUCCAGUAAGCACUCAUUAGCUUUGAUUUUUGAUGCAUUUUUCUUGCAUGACUGUUCGAUAUCAAUGCCUCGACUGGAAAAAGAAAACUUUUUUCUUUUUUUCUUCAUCCUGCUUGAAUUCUUGGAACAAUGCACAAGCCACUUUCGGGAUGGCACGGCCCAGCAGGACUGCAGCUAGCACCUGGCUGGAUCCUCCGUGCAUGGCCGCCUUCCCACUCAUGCCUUGGAAAAGACCCAGAAAAGUGACCCGAAGUGAGGGGAAGUAGAGGAAGAAGGGCCAGCAACCACCUAAAAAUCAGAAUAAUGGCGGCUGUACCCCUCCACUCUCUACUCAUCACAGUGUCCCAGUUGUGUUUAUUACAACAGGCCCAUGGUGGGGCGUAUUAUGGACAUAAACAGCCACCACAGCAGCACCCGCCUUUGCCACAGUACAAUGAUGGGUACCCUCAGCAACAGUUUUUGGGAAAUGAGAUGCCACAACUGCCUUAUGGCAACGAAGGGCCAGUACUGCCUCAGUAUGGGAAAGAGCUUCCUCAGCUGCCCCUGACUAAAGGCAAAGGACAAACAUUCCCCAGAGGGGCUAAAGGUCCACCCCCACUUGUUCCUGGUGGAGAAGGUCUUAGAGAGGGACCACAAGGAGUUCAGGGCCCCCCAGGACCAACAGGACCCCCAGGACCACAAGGCCCCCCUGGGCUACCAGGCCAGGGAUUGCCAGGGCUACCAGGAAAGCCAGGGCCUCCUGGUCCUCAAGGCUACCCAGGAAUCGGGAAACCUGGCAUGCCAGGAUUGCCAGGAAAACCUGGAGGACCUGGAUUGCCAGGACCAAUGGGUGAACUUGGUCCUCAUGGCGGUGAAGGACCAACUGGACUUCCUGGGCCUCCAGGGCUCCCAGGUCCCCCAGGACUGCCAGGGAUUUCAAAACCAGGAGGUCAGGGGCUGCCUGGCUUUCUGGGCUCUCAAGGGGAGCCUGGCCUAAAAGGACAACCUGGGUUUCCUGGUCCUCCAGGCCCCAAGGGAGAAAAAGGAAAUGGUCAGCCUGGCUUGCCAGGUUUGAAAGGACCAUCAGGACCACCUGGUCCAUCUGGAAAUGUGGGUGUCCCUGGUGUUGGCAAACCUGGCUUAAAUGGUCUACCUGGACAACCAGGAAUACCAGGAAAACCUGGCCCUCCUGGAGAGUCAGGCCCGGCAGGGCAACCUGGUGACAGAGGCCAACCAGGCCCACCAGGCUUGCCAGGAAUUGGAAAACCAGGAAAAGAUGGUUUCAGAGGGCAACCAGGACCUUCUGGAGGGAAAGGGGAAUCAGGGCCUCAUGGUUUACCAGGGGGUCCAGGAUUGCCAGGUUAUGGUAAACCAGGGUUUCCAGGCCCAAAGGGUCACAAGGGACACGCAGGUCUUCCUGGACCUACAGGCCUAAAAGGUGAUAAAGGUCAUGGAGGUCUACCAGGGGUCAUCGGUGCCACUGGUCCUAGUGGUAUUCCUGGCCCACCAGGACCGAUCGGGCCUUCCGGUAGUCUUGGCUUCCCAGGGCAAAAGGGAGAGGAUGGUUUUGGGGGGCAAAAAGGAAAUCCAGGAAUGAAGGGUGAUUUAGGUCCCCCAGGUCUUCCGGGACAGCCGGGUAUGUCGGGUGGGGGUGGACAACCAGGACCAAGAGGUUUACAAGGGCCCAGUGGCCCAAAAGGAGAAGCUGGUGUUAAGGGUGUACCUGGUGCCCCUGGUGCUGCAGGAUUAACUGGACCAAGAGGAGAAGGGGGACAAUCUGGAGAUAAAGGCUACCAGGGACCACAAGGUAUCCCAGGGCUUACAGGACCAGGGGGACCAAUUGGACCUCCUGGACUGCCAGGACAAAAAGGCGAAACUGGCCUACCUGGUAAACCUGGAUAUCCUGGUGAGGGAAAGCAUGGACUCCCUGGUCAUAUUGGUCCUCAAGGUAACACCGGGCCAAGUGGCCCAGCUGGACUUCCAGGGCAACCAGGACCACCUGGACCCCCAGGUCCUCCAGGACUGCCUGCUGCAUCUCCUGACCUCGGACAGAUCCUUCCUGUGACGGGCCCCUACGCUGGCCAAACUUACAAGAAGCCAAAGAAUGGGGGCGACAUUGGUGGAAAUGGCGUGGAGAUGCCUUCGUUCACAGCUAAGCUCACGAAUCCAUUCCCUCCUGUUGGCUCUCCUGUCAUCUUUGACAAGCUCAUACACAAUGGCAAUCAGGACUACAAUCCCCAAACUGGCAUUUUCACCUGCAGUAUACCAGGUGUCUACUACUUUGCCUACCAUGUCCACUGCAAAGGGGGUAAUUUGUGGGUUGCCCUAAUGAAGAACAAUGAGCCAGUAAUGUACACAUAUGAUGAAUACAGUAAGGGCUUGUUGGAUCAGGCGUCAGGGAGUGCUGUACUCCCGUUGCGACAAGGAGACUCUGUGCAUAUACAGCUGCCAUCUGACCAGGCUUCAGGACUUUAUGCCGGUCCGUAUGUCCACUCCACAUUUUCUGGAUUCUUAUUGUACCCGAUGUAAGAAAUGUGUUCAAAUGGUAUUUUUUGCCAUAUUUAUGGUAAAACUACUGCAGUCUCAAAGGUACAAUUUAGGUCAGGUUAAAUAGUUUACAAUGAAUGGAGGCAGAAUAAUCUUUGCAUCACAUCUUACAUACAUCAAUGGAGUCUUUAGGCAGCAGUUAAACAAUUGGCAGUUUGUACAGUGUAUGAAUAUAUGGCGGUUGGCAAUGAUAUGUAAGAAACAAACAUUCAUAUCAUGGUUAUGGAGGGCAGAGAGGGUCAAAACACUACCAAAUAUAUCUGUUGUCAUGACUCUUGUAUGUUUACAUUGAGCAUUUAUUCUUAUAUCCACCCACACACAAUAUAUCAAUGUUCAUGUCACAGCUGGAAUAACUUCUGUAACAACUUUGCUUAACAACAGCUUUGCAUAACUGUAUCAUUUUCACUCAAUUUUGGCUUUACAGUAUAUACUGUAUACAGGGCACAUAACAUAUUGGUUUCAUUGUACAAUGUAUUUACUCACAGCCAUUAGUACAUAAUGUUGGGUUAUGUAUUUAGGGUCAUCAUAUUAACUUAUUGUUUGUCUUUUUACAUUAUUUUGAAAAUGCAGCUUUUUAUACAACAAAAUCUUAAUAAAUAUUGACAUAUCACAGUAUUUGGGUGAGUUUUUAAUCAAAUUUCAUACCAGUCAACAACAGAACAGUUUUGUCCACAGUUUGGCAUUAUUUUUUAAUAAUUUUCAUUUGACCAUUUGAUGUCAUGAUUUGUCUUGUUUGGUUUGAAUAAACAAUAAGUUUUUUUUGUGUGUUUUUUUUUCAAGUUUUUUUCAGUUUGUCAGUAUUCUCUAUAAUUUAUUUGUUUGACUACUGAUUAUUUGGGAUUGUUGAUUUCUGUGUGUUGACAGUAAAUGGUCGAUUUCAUUCCAAAAUGCAGAACGUACAUUUUUAGUGGCAAAAGGUAAGCAAUAUUAAAAAAAUGUGUUUAAACCCAUCACCAUCCAUACCAUCAUGUGUUAGUUUCUUUUUAUUUUGUACUUUAUUUCUUCAAACUGUGGAUGUGCCAUUUUGGAAUGAAAUUCUUUAAGAUGUUUUUUUCCCCUCUCCUUCGGACAAUGGUGCACAGCAUGAAAUGGGAAAUUGUGCCUUAAGUAUGUGAAUAUUGUUCCUAUGAUUGGUUAGAUAUUGGUUUAAUAAAGAAAUAAA